AUGACACAACCCACCCCAAAAGACGCGCACAACACGCUGUCGUUACAACAACAAGAACAACCACCUGCACUUACUUCAGUCGCCGAAAAAACACUCCCAUCAAAAUGCAAAGAUGGCUCAUUACUUGCUUACUGUCCGACUAUGGACUUGGUUGCACUAGCCACUGAAGACGAGCAGCUAUAUGUUUAUAGGCUCAAUGGGCAGGAAGUGCUCAGUGCUGAUUUGGCGGGGGAUCCGUACUUGGAUGAGGUCAGAGGGGAGAUUAGAGGGGUGAGAUGGAAGAAUGAUGGUCGCUUGUUGGCAGUUGCCGAUGCAGAGAAUAAACUCCGCAUCAUAAGCUCCUACACCGGCAAAACAGUGCACCACUUCUCGUGCUUGCCGCACGAUGAAGAAGGCCAUUCUUCUAGCCCCAAUGAAUCUAUAAAAGACCCAAAAGAUUUUCGAAUUACGUGUAUUGGCUGGGGCGUGAAUUUUACAGACAGCAGAGCAGCCCAACACCAUCUGCGAGACGGAAAUGGACAGAUAUCAGUUGAAGACUUGUUAGCGCCUGAUACAGACCCGAUCAAGGCGGCCUUGCAGCUCAAAGCGGAUUUACCGCGUGAGUUGGCGCUGCUGGAUGUUGAGAGUUCAUUGCCGAGGUUGAGCACGUUGCCUGGGAGUGGGAGCGAUGAGGAUCUAUUCAGUAGUCGGGCUUCGCUUGAUGCUAUUUUUCAGUCUUUCAAUAGGAUGACAAGUGAUGCCGUGGAUGUGCUGUUUGUGGGCCUGAAUGAUGGCAGGGCUCAUCUGCGAAUUUUUGACUGUUUUGAGAUUGGAAAUUUUUCGGUAACGGCAAGCAAGUCACCAGCAGCGACUCACUUCGAGACAUUAGCGCACUCAUCACAUCCAAUGAGCUCGACACAUGCUAUCGUAUUGUCUGAAAAAGCAGACGGUGCCUCCAAUCCAGCUUUGAAAGUCAUGUCACUGGAUCUACGGUUCAUAACCAAAUCAGGGCGCUAUUUAUCGUUACUGGCGUUCAAGAUCACACAGUUACAGAAUCUGCUCAGAUAUAUCAACCAGACGCAACGGCAGAUUGCGCUCGAGUGGAAAAAUGUAUAUGAGCUGCCUGCUCGGUUCAUGAGGAGUAUCGCCGAUGAGUUGCAGGAAAAGUGCCAUUGUGAUUUCGUCACUGCUCUCUACCAUUUGGUCGUUACGGGGAAUUGUUUUCCGCCAGUGAAGGACUUUCUGGUGGAUAUCGUUGGUGAAAGGGGUCAUAAACGAUGGGAAAAAACAGUGUCGACGGGGUACGAGAAUGUACGCAGAUUGACUCAUGAAUGUCUGCUGCCUGCAUUACAGAGAUGCGAGGUGCUUCUCAGUCGACUGAUUGGUAUAUCAAAGUUCCAUAAACUCAACCAUAUUCUCGGCCUCGAAACUCGAGAUUUGCAAGAAGUCGUUGAGACACUUGACUGUCUUCAUCUUCUGUCCCAUUCGAUUCUGACGAAGACAACUCACGAACUGCACCAAUUCUUGGAAUUCGCGAGAUGGCUCCGUCACGAAAUUGAUAUACAGACUGCUGAGCCAAUGUCUCAGACUUUGGAGGAGUUGCUCGAGAAGAGUGAUCUGAUCGACCACGCUACGACGCUGGAGUAUAUAGAAGGCGCGCUUACCAAGAGUUCUCUUCGUCGGUACAUUUCGUCCACUCCAGGGACUAACACGACAGCGGGUGAUGCGCAAAAGAGAGUAUCGGACGGAGAGAAACUCUCCUUCUACCAGGCAUUCAAAAACACAUUAGCUGCUGAAGAGGACGAAAAAUCAAGAGAGCGCAAUAACAGCAACAAGAACGAGUCGUCUCGUCCUGCCCUUCCACAGCUGAACGACCUUAUUGCUCGACUCGAGUCUCAAUGUGGCAAGGUCUUUGGCAAAAUUGCUUUGACUCAAAGACGAAGUAUUCUGCAUCACUGUUUGCUGGUCCUUCACCCGGAUUGUGAUUCGAAUGUUAUUGAUACAGCGAUGAAAUACGAGAGCCUUGACAUCGAGGACGAGUAUGCGAUUUAUGUGGCUUCGAGGUUGAGAAGUUCACCGAACACACUGCUCAUAUACAAAAUUACAAUACAAUGCACGAAUGGAGUGAGUUCCACCAAGAAUAUUGCAGUGGCUUCGCUGCGCCUUCCCGGAGGAGAGAUCAAACAGGCCCAAUUCGUAGAGGAUGGGAUCAUUAUGCUGUUGUAUACAGAACAAGACCGGUCAUACCUACUCGACUUUCCUAUUUCUUCGUCAAACACAGAUAACGAAGACGGAUUCCGCCCAGAAUACACUAUCAUAACAGACUCCCAGACCCUCCCAACCCCAACCGAUCUCAAUACAUUCAUAUUACACAUGUUCCCCGCCGCGGGCACAAAAUCCAAGCCAGUCAGAAUGAACGUCAAUGGCCGAAAAGAGAGAAGAGCUGCUUGCAUUCUCUCUGCAGAUAUGAUGCAUUACGAGAUUCUAGACAUUGAUAGCCACGUCGAGCCAGAAGACGAGGAUUAA